AUGCCCCAACAGAGGACAGAAAUGGUGAACCAAACAUCCCAAGUCAAGGGGUUUGAUACCGUACCGAGGACUAAAUGGCGCCGGGGAGAUAUGGCGUCGCGAAUGGUUCAGGCCCAACCCCAGCCUUGCUUCAGUAUCCAGGGCUCUGCUAAAGUUGACCUUGUAUUUUCCCGUGGUUCUCGUGAGACCAACAUGAUUAAUAACUUAAACAAAAAAAGCGAAGAUAGUGAAAAGGAUGAUAACAACCGAAAAGCAUCAUUGAACGUUAGCACUGACCUGAUGAGGAUCAAUGCCUGGGAACAGCUUGGGCAACUCAUUGAUGGUAAAAAGUUGAAGCAGCCUCCAAGUCAGCUGCCAAAAAGACAAUUUCUGCCAUCAAGGGCACGGAACAUAGUAGAAAAAUUAUCGGCUGUAGAUACCGGAGCCGACGCAGAUAGCGAGUCUGCUGUAGACAUUCAGCCUCGGUCUGUCAAACGAAAAGACCGAACGCCGCCGGAAACCGGGACUAAAAAGAGGAGAGAGGAGACACAGACAAUUUUCCCUUUUCUAACAAAGAGCAAAGGUAAGGAACACACAGACACAAAGACGGAAAUGGGAUGGCAACAGCUGGUACCGCAAGAUGUCAAGUUUACAAAAACGUGGUGCUGGGUGUUAAAGGAAAAAAACCUAAAAAUGAAGAUUUUGCAACUAAACAUAAAUCACUGCAAGGUGGCACAUGAUCUGCUUAUGCAGACUGUGCGAGAGCUGAAAGUAGAUCUGGCAAUAAUAUCGGAACCCUAUAAACAUUUGAAUACACAGCCACUGACCCAAAGUGCAAAGCAGUACUCCCUUGUGGUCAUAGCUGGAGAUUUUAAUGCCUGGGCUGUAGACUGGGACAGUAAAGAAACCAAUGCAAGAGAGAAUGCGCUCCUAGAAGCCAUGGCAAUAUUAGAUGUUGUCUUAUUGAAUAACGGAGAUAAACCCACAUUUGUUAGAAAAAAAGUGAACUCAAUAGUGGACUUCACAUUUGUAAGCUGCUGCCUGGUAAAAGGAAACCUUUCAUGGAAAGUUAUGGACAUCUACACGGCAAGCGAUCAUAGUGCACUACUCUGGGAGUAUUUCAAACUACCCAGAGUAUUCAAACAAAUAAAUUCAGAAUUAGAAUAG